AUGGCUCUUUCUGCCUUCCUAGCAAUCGCUCUGGGCUUACAGGUCAGCGCCCUCCCUGAUAGCGAUAAGCCGGCCAUCUUGCGACGAGCCUGUCCAGACUACGUCUCCUAUGCAUCGACGCCGCAGUCAGUAUCGAGAAUUCGCCCAGAGACGCAACAUCUGCUAAUAUAUCGCAAAUAUAGUGCUCCUUACAGUGGUGGUCCCUUGAACCUUCCUUAUCAGCGACCGGCAGAACCGUGUCGGACCUUCUCAUCGCCCGCCGUAGAGAAGGUCAUUGAUGAUAUCACCUCACGCCUGGUCGACAAAGACCUGGCCCAGUUAUUCCGUAAUGCAUUUCCAAAUACCUUAGAUACCACCAUUCGAUGGCAUACAAACGGAUCAACUUCAUCCAGUGCCAAUGCCAAGCGAGAUGGCGCGCAAUGGACCGGCGUACAGACCUUCAUCGUGACAGGCGAUAUCAACGCCGAGUGGCUCCGUGAUUCAACCAACCAACUCACGAACUACCAGAAGCUGGCUGCGAAGGAUAAAAACCUUUACUCGCUCAUCUUGGGAGCUAUCAACACCCAGUCUGAGUUCGUCAUCCAAUCGCCUUAUUGUAAUGCCUUCCAACCACCAUCUCUCAGCGGUAUCAAGCCGGAAACCAGCUCCCAGAAGGAUACUGUGCACCCCGCUUAUGACAGAUCAUUUGUCUUUGAGUGCAAGUAUGAACUUGACUCGCUAGCUCAUUUCCUACAGCUGGGGACUGAGUUCUAUGAAAACACUGGUUCAACCGAGUUCUUGACGGACCGAUGGUACAAAGCGCUGCAAACUUUGCUCGAGACUAUUGACGCCCAGUCUCAGCCUACAUUCAAUUCUAACAAUCAAUUCGUCCCGAAUGUCUACACAUUCCAGCGACAGACUGACAUUGGCACUGAAACACUCAACUUAGCUGGUGUAGGCAACCCGCUAAAUAGCGGCACUGGCCUGAUUCGCAGCGCCUUCCGGCCCAGCGAUGAUGCUACUAUCUUGGGAUUCUUUAUUCCGCCUAAUGCUAUGAUGUCCGUGCAGCUUCAAAAGACGGCAAAAGUCAUCAAAGCAGCCGGUGGGCAUGCCGACCUUGUUGCAGACUUGCAGGAGCGCGGCACCAAGCUAGCCAAAGCAGUCCGUGAGCAUGGUAUUGUCCAUCACUCCAAAUAUGGCGAUGUCUAUGCAUUUGAAGUCGAUGGAUAUGGGUCGCGUAUCCUCAUGGAUGACGCCAAUAUCCCCUCCCUGCUUUCUUUGCCUUACCUCGGCUUUGUGGAUAAAUCAGACCCCGUCUACCAGAACACUCGCAAAAUGAUCACGAACAAAGCCUCUAACCCUUACUACCUGGAGGGUCCGCAAUUCCAUGGUAUUGGGGGUCCGCAUAUUGGCCUUGAGAACGCUUGGCCUAUGUCUCUUCUUGUUCAAGCUAUGACUUCUGACGAUGACGCUGAGAUCAUUGGAAAUCUCAAUCUCGUUCGUAACUCGAGCUUGCUCGGACUUGUCCAUGAAUCUAUCAGUGUGACUAAUAUCAAGGACUAUACUCGUCCUUGGUUUUCGUGGGCGAACUCGGUCUUCGCGCAGACUGUUCUCAAGGUUGCUGCCGAGAGGCCUCAUUUGAUAUUUGGUGAUAAUGCUGAGCCGUAUACUGUUUGA